CUUUAACCGUUCUGGUCUCGGUUUAUAACGCCCACAAUGUCUGCUCGAGCAGCUUGACAGCGUUCUCUGCUGCACUACCAGAAUAAUACCUCCAAUGUCCCAUCCAUUCUCUCCUGAGAUCAUAUCAGUGUCCUCCUACCCACUCCCCGUACCGUCCGGGCUGGGAGAAGGAGAUAUCAUGGCUGAUCCCAACAUCCUCUACGGGGGCCUUUCGCUGAAACAAGACGACGGGUCUCAAGUGGAUGAGCAAAAGAAAUCACAAAAGACGGCCAAAACUACGAGCAACAGGAUAUCAUCACGGAAAAGGGGCCGUCCGCGUCUACUCACUAAGGAUGAGAAUGCUGCUGAGCGCCGAAGGACACAGAUACGUCUUGCGCAGAGAGCGUAUCGGUCACGGAAGGAGGCAACUAUCUCGUCCUUGAACGGCCGGGUUGCUGAACUAGAUGCCGCCAUCGAGGAUGUACAUAGGUCGCUCGCAUCUUUUCAGGAGGGCGUUGUAGCCUCAGAGCUGUUAGAACCACGCUCAGAUUUGCUGUAUAACCUCCGCGAAAUUUCAGAAAAGACAGCUGCUCUUAUCCAGCUUUCCAAAGGAGAAGCAUUCUCCGAGAGUGGAAGUUCAAGGGCAUCUGAACCCAGAGAGGCUUAUAUGCCAAUGAUUGAGAAUUCAAAUGAACAUUUAAUUUCUGAUUUGAUAGAAUACAAUGCAGCCGAUGAGAUUUCACUCGCCACAGAAAAGAACUCUAUUUUUCCCAAACGAGCCAGACUUUCCAAUCAACAAGACCAGGACAUGUUCGAAAAUAUCCACGCCCCUGUCAAUGCUAAACAGCCUCAUUCCUCUAUACCAAAACCAACCUACCGACUCCCUACACCAAACUUGCACCAGCCUCAACCUCCUUCCACAUUUAGCUUUCAUGAGAAUACAUUCGCCCGCCGACUGCGCCGCAAUUGCUGGGAAUAUGGCUAUCGCUUGCUUGUCGACAGCGCUACAGAACCCGAAGAGCUCUCUCGCGUUUUCCAAUUCUCAUUCGGUGUGACGAAUCGCAAAAUGCUGAUUGGUCGCUUCCAAAGAGCGUUGGCCAUGUCCGGCGAUGCCAUUGAACAUCAUUCGAGUUCUCCUCCCUUUUAUAUUGGUGGCGCUGGAACACAUUAUACACAGAAACUCCAACAAGGAGAUCCAAUGUCUCCAUCGUUGAAUAUUUAUCCUAUUUCCAAAUUCUCUGGACCGUGGCCGUUCCAAUUCGCCGAAACUCCUCAUGAGGAAACCAGUAUUGACGGCCUUUUAAUGGCCACUGGGUUUGAUGGCGAGUGGUUCGACUCGAACGAUGUGGAAGGCUUUCUACGAGAGAAAGGUAUAUUUAUCGACGCGCGGUCCUCUAUUGUCGGAAUACCAAAGUUUCGCUCGGAAUUUUUCGAAUCAUCCCCAUCGAGCAGUCUAUCGCCAGAAUCGAAUAAUUUACUGGCAUCAUCCGAGCAGUAUAAAACCCCUAUGUCUAUGUCUCUGGAUCAGAACGAUCUCCUAGAUCCCCAAUUGACAUCGCCCUAUCUUUAUUCUGCGGAUGGAAAUGCGCUGGACUCGCCAGAACUUUCUUUGACAUUUGACGUGGGACGAUUUGUUGACCGGCUUGUGAGAAAGGCAGUUUGUUUGGGACGAGUGCCGGGUUAUCGUAAGCAAGACGUGGAGGAAUCCAUGCGGUAUGCAGUCCGAUUCUUGGUUUGAGAUUGGAGUGAUGGUUCCUAUGUGUCUAUAUUUUAUUCCUCUCUGUGAUAGUGUUGUAAAUAAUGAUACCUCAGUUUAGUUUCCAAUUACGUGAUCAAUUAAGUACGCGUAUCUAUAUUCAAGACUCGC